GCAUUGUACUUGUCUCCAUAGCUGUGAAGAUCUGCAGUGCUUCAGAGUUGCAUACGUCUCAAAUUUACGGUGCAGAGUCUGUAAUAAAUAAGCUGGCAGGAUGGUGGCGCUGUCACUGAAGAUCUGUGUGAGACAGUGUAAUGUGGUGAAGACGAUGCAGUUUGAGCCAUCAACGGCUGUGUACGAUGCAUGCCGGGUCAUCAGAGAGAGGGUUCCAGAAGCCCAGACAGGACAAGCUUCAGAAUAUGGGCUGUUUCUAUCAGAUGAAGACCCCAGGAAAGGCAUCUGGCUGGAAGGAGGCCGGACGCUGGACUAUUACAUGCUGAGAAAUGGGGACAUUCUGGAGUAUAAGAAAAAACAGAGACCUCAGAAGAUAAAAAUGCUGGAUGGAGCAGUGAAGACCAUCAUGGUGGAUGAUUCCAAAACUGUGGGAGAGCUGCUUGUCACCAUCUGCAGUAGAAUAGACAAAUACAUUUUUCUCCAUAUACACUACCUGAAGUAUGUGAAGCUUGCGAGAUCCCUCAGAACAUAUGGAGUGUCUUUCUUCUUGGUGAAGGAAAAAAUGAAAAGUAAAAAUAAGCUGGUCCCUAGGCUGCUGGGUAUAACCAAAGAAUCAGUGAUGAGAGUGGAUGAGAAAACCAAAGAUGUGAUUCAAGAGUGGCCACUUACUACAGUGAAAAGAUGGGCCGCCUCACCUAAGAGCUUUACACUGGAUUUCGGGGAGUAUCAGGAGAGCUACUUCUCUGUUCAGACCACUGAGGGGGAGCAGAUAUCUCAGCUUAUAGCUGGUUACAUCGAUAUCAUUCUCAAGAAGAAACAAAGCAAGGACCGCUUUGGUUUAGAGGGAGAUGAGGAGGCCACCAUGUUAGAGGAAUCAGUUUCUCCGAAAAAAUCUACUAUAUUACAGCAGCAGUUUAACAGUGUCGGGCGGGUAGAGCAUGGCUCUGUGGCACUGCCUGGGAUCUUGAGGUCCGGUUCUGUUGGCCCAGAAACUCUGAACAUGGGUACCAUGCCCUCUCCACAACAACAUAUCACCACUGGACAGAUGCAUCUUGGACAUAUGCCACCACUGAGUGCGGCCCAGCAGGCUCUCGUGGGAACCAUUAACACCAGUAUGCAAGCAGUGCAGCAGGCACAGUCAGACCUAGAGGAGGUGGAAGAGCUGCCACCACUGGGAGAUGAUAUGGCUUCUAAAAUGUGGAUUCAGAACAAGAUGGAUGAGUCCAAGCAUGAUAUUCACUCUCAAGUGGAUGCCAUUACUGCUGGAACUGCCUCUGUGGUUAAUCUUACUGCUGGGGACCCGACAGACACAGAUUAUACAGCAGUAGGAUGUGCCAUAACCACCAUCUCCUCUAAUCUGACGGAGAUGUCAAAAGGUGUGAAGCUGCUGGCAGCUCUGAUGGAGGAUGAGGUGGGCAGUGGGCAGGACCUCAUGAGGGCUGCCAAGACCCUCACUGGAGCUGUAUCUGACCUGCUUAAAGCUGUGGAGCCUACAUCAGGAGAGCCACGACAGACGGUUCUGACUGCAGCCGGCAGCAUCGGUCAAGCCAGUGGAGAUUUGCUUAGACAGAUUGGAGAGAAUGAAACGGACGAGCGCUUCCAGGAUGUGCUAAUGAACCUAGCUAAAGCUGUGGCUAAUGCAGCAGCCAUGAUGGUUCUGAAGGCCAAGAACGUGGCACAGGUUUCUGAAGACAGCAUCCUGCAGAACAGGGUUAUUGCAGCUGCGACCCAGUGCGCCCUCUCCACUUCCCAACUAGUGGCCUGUGCCAAGGUUGUGAGCCCUACUAUCAGCUCCCCUGUGUGUCAAGAACAGCUGAUAGAAGCAGGGAAGCUGGUGGAUCGUUCAGUGGAAGGUUGUGUGAAGGCCUGUUUGUCAGCUACCAGUGAUGGAGAGCUUCUGAAGGCCGUCAGCGCAGCGGCUGGUAUCGUCACACAGGCUCUCAGUGACCUACUCACACACGUGAGGAACUACUCCACACGCGGGGAACCCAUUGGACGCUACGACCAGGCCACAGACACCAUCAUGACAGUUACAGAGAGUAUUUUCUGCAACAUGGGUGAUGCUGGUGAGAUGGUACGACAGGCGCGGGUUCUUGCCCAGGCGACCUCUGACCUGGUGAAUGCCAUGAGAUCAGAUGCUGAGGUGGAAGUGGAUGUCAACAACUCCAAGAAGCUUCUUGCAGCUGCCAAACUGCUUGCAGAUGCCACUGCUCGAAUGGUUGAGGCUGCAAAGGGAGCUGCUGCAUACCCUGAAAAUGAAGACCAGCAGCAGAAGCUCCGGGAGGCUGCGGAGGGCUUGCGUGUGGCCACUAACGCUGCUGCACAAAACGCCAUUAAGAAGAAACUUAUAACAAGACUGGAGAACGCUGCUAAACAAGCUGCUGCUGCUGCAACUCAGACCAUUGCGGCAUCCCAGAAUGCAGCAGCCUCUAACAAGAACACUGCUGCCCACCAGCAACUUGUUCAAAGCUGCAGGGCUGUAGCUGACCAUAUUCCUCAGCUGGUGCAGGGAGUGAGGGGCAGUCAGGGGCAGCCAGAGGAUAUUAGUGCCCAACUUGCCCUCAUCAUUGCCAGUCAGAACUUCCUUCAGCCUGGAAGUAAGAUGGUGUCUUCAGCGAAGUCGUCUGUGCCGACUGUGAUGGAUCAGGCAGCAGCCAUGCAGCUUGGACAGUGUGCAAAGAACCUGGCCACCUGCCUGGCUGAACUCCGCACUGCUGCACAGACGGCUCAUGAGGCGUGCGGCCCCAUGGAGAUUGACUCUGCCCUUAUAGCUGUGCAGACACUGAAGAAUGAACUCCAGGAUGCUAAAAUGGCAGCAUCCGAGGGACAGCUGAAACCUUUACCUGGGGAAUCAUUGGGAAAAUGCACUCAGGAACUGGGUGGCACAUCUAAGGCUGUUGGUUCCUCAAUGGCCCAACUGCUUACCUGUGCAGCACAGGGAAAUGAGCAUUACACAGGUGUAGCUGCCAGUGAAACUGCCCAGGCUCUUAAGACAUUAGCACAGGCUGCAAGGGGUGUUGCUGCCACCACAUCAGACCCUGCUGGAGCCGCAGCCAUGUUGGAUUCUGCUUGCGAGGUUAUGGAAGGAUCAGUUAAAUUAAUUUCUGAAGCCAAGGAGGCGCUGGUUGCUCCUGGUAAUGCAGAGAUACAACAGAGGCUAGCGCAGGUAGCAAAGGCUGUGUCCCACUCACUGAAUGCAUGUGUGAACUGUCUGCCUGGACAAAAGGAUGUUGAUAUGGCUCUGAAAAGCAUCGGUGAAGCCAGCAAAAAACUACUUGUAGAGAUGCUUCCUCCCUGCAGUAAGACCUUCCAGGAGGCUCAGAGUGACCUGAACCAGACUGCAGCCGAUCUGAACCAGUCUGCAGGUGAUGUGGUCCAUGCCUCUAGAGGGACCACUUGCCAGCUUUCAGAUGCUUCUGGGAAGUUCAGUGAGGACUUUGAUGAGUUUCUGGAUGCUGGCAUUGAGAUGGCUGGCCACACCCAGAGUAAGGAUGAUCAAAUACAUGUGAUUGGGAAUUUGAAGAACAUCUCAAUGGCCUCCAGUAAGCUCCUGUUGGCUGCUAAGUCUUUAUCUGUGGACCCUGCAGCAGGCAAUGCAAAGAACCUGCUCGCUGCUGCUGCCAGAACGGUGACUGACAGCAUCAAUCAGCUGAUUACGCUGUGUACCCAGAAUGCCCCAGGACAAAGGGAAUGUGACAAUGCUCUAAGAGAGCUUGAGGCUGUUAGGGGCCUGCUGGAUAGCCCAAAUGAGCCAGCCAAUGCUCUCUCCUACUUUGACUGCAUUGAAAGUGUCAUGGAGAACUCUAAGAUACUCGGUGAGUCUAUGGCUGGGAUCUCUCAUAACUGCAAGACAGGAGAUUUUCCAGCGUUUGGAGACUGUGUGGGUGGAGCCUCUAAAGCUCUGUGUGGACUGACCGAAGCAGCUGGACAGGCUUCUUACCUAGUGGGUGUGUCUGACCCCAACAGCCAAGCCGGACAUCCAGGCUUAGUGGAUCCUAUCCAGUUCGCUCGUGCUAAUCAGGCAAUCCAGAUGGCUUGCCAAAAUCUUGUUGACCCAGAUAGUAGUCCUUCACAGGUGCUCUCAGCUGCCACCAUUGUUGCUAAGCACACCUCGGCGCUGUGUAAUGCUUGCCGACUUGCCUCUUCUAAGACUGCCAACCCUGUGGCUAAAAGACACUUUGUGCAGUCAGCCAAAGAAGUGGCCAACAGCACAGCCAGCCUGGUCAAAACAAUCAAGGCACUGGACGGAGAUUUCUCAGAGGAAAACCGUGAGAAAUGUCGUGUUGCAACAGCACCGCUCAUUGAAGCUGUUGACAAUCUAACCACGUUUGCUUCCAAUCCAGAGUUUGCUAGUGUUGCUGCGCAGAUAAGUAGAGAGGGUUUGGCUGCACAGGAGCCAAUCAUCCAGUCAGCACGCUCCAUGCUUGACAGUUCCACCCACCUUUUGAAGACUGCUAGGUCAUUGGUUAUGAACCCUAAAGAUCCGCCAACCUGGUCAUUACUGGCGAGCCAUUCACGCAACGUGUCGGACUCCAUCAAGAGCCUCAUCAUGGCUAUCAGGGAUAAAGCCCCUGGCCAGAAGGAAUGUGACUCUGCCAUUGAUAAUAUCAAUAAAUACAUCCGAGAUAUUGAGCAGGCCUCACUUGCAGCUGUCAGCCAAAAUCUUUUUCGUAGAGAUGAAGUUUCUUCUGAGGCUUUGCAGGAGCAGUUAACAUCAUCUGUUCAGGAGGUGGGUCACCUGAUUGAGCCGAUUUCCACAGCAGCAAAAGGAGAAGCAGCCCAGCUGGGACAUAAGGUCUCUCAGUUGGUCAGUUACUUCACUCCUCUGAUCUCAGCUUCUAUGGGCAUGGCAUCCAAAAUCUUGGAUCAUCAGCAGCAGAUGAAUCUUCUGGAUCAGACCAAGACUCUCACUGAGUCUACUCUACAAAUGCUGUACGCUGCCAAAGAAGGUGGUGGAAACCCGAAGGCGGCUCAUACCCAUGAUGCCAUAGCAGAAGCUGCACAGUUAAUGAGGGAAGCUGUUGAUGAUCUCUUGCUGACCCUGAAUGAAGCUGCUAGUGAGGUUGGCAUUGUCAGCGGCAUGGUGGAUUCAAUUGCUGAUGCCAUGGGCAAGUUAGGUGAAGGUACUCCACCAGAACCAGAAGGUUCAUUUGUGGAAUAUCAGACCACCAUGGUGAGAUACUCCAAAGCUAUUGCUGUCAGUGCACAGGAGAUGAUCACUAAAUCGGUGAGUGCGCCAGAGGAUCUGGGCAGUUUGGCAUCUCAGAUCACUGCAGACUACAGUCAGCUUGCCGUUCAGGGACGUCUGGCUGCCUAUAUUGCUGAACCAGAGGAGAUCGGCUUCCAGAUAAAGACACGAGUGCAGGAACUGGGGCAUGGCUGUAUUGUGCUCGUUCAGAAGGCUGGAGCGCUGCAGAUCAGUCCAUCUGACUCGUUCACCAAAAGAGAACUUAUUGAGUGCGCACGAACUGUCACUGAGAAGGUGUCCAUGGUGCUUUCGGCAUUGCAAGCUGGUAAUAAGGGCACUCAAGCCUGUAUCACUGCAGCCAGUGCUGUUUCAGGUAUCAUCGCUGACCUGGAUACCACCAUUAUGUUUGCUUCUGCUGGCACACUCAAUGCUGAGAACGAUUCAGACUCCUUCGCUGAUCACAGAGAGAAUAUUCUGAAGACAGCCAAAGCGCUGGUGGAGGACACUAAGAACCUUGUUUCAGGUGCAGCAUCAAGUCAAGAGAAGCUGGCCCAGGCCGCCCAGUCUUCUGCCAAAACCAUCAUCCACCUUACAGAUGUGGUGAAAUUGGGAGCGGCCAGCAUAGGCGCGGAUGACCCUGAAACACAGGUGGUGCUGAUCAACGCAGUGAAGGAUGUUGCUAAAGCUUUAGCUGAUCUCAUUAGUGCCACCAAGUGUGCAGCGGGAAAAGCAGCAGAUGACCCCUCCAUAUUCCAGCUUAAGAAUGCGGCCAAGGUUAUGGUAACUAAUGUAACAUCCUUACUGAAAACGGUGAAGGCAGUGGAGGAUGAGGCUUCAAGAGGAACCAGAGCUCUGGAAGCCACUAUCGAGUGCAUCAAACAGGAACUCACAUUGUUUCAAUCUAAAGAAGCCCCUGAGAAAUCAACCACUCCAGAGGAGUUCAUUCGCAUGACGAAGGGCAUCACUACGGCAACCGCCAAAGCAGUCGCAGCAGGAAAUUCUGCCAGACAGGAAGAUGUCAUCUCCACAGCGAACCUCAGCCGCAAGGUCAUAGCUGAUAUGCUGACCACAUGCAAGCAAGCAGCAUAUCAUGAGGAAGUAAAUCAGGAGGUCAGAAACAGAGCUCUGUUAUACGGCACUGAAUGUACCAAUGGGUAUAUAGAGCUCCUAGAACAUGUCCUACAGGUCUUACAAAAGCCAACAGGUGAUCAGAAACAAAAAUUGGUGAUGUUCUCUAAAAAGGUUGCUGCAGCUGUCACUGAACUGAUUCAAACAGCAGAGGCCAUGAAAGGCACUGAAUGGGUUGACCCUGAGGAUCCUACUGUUAUCGCUGAAACGGAGUUAUUGGGAGCUGCAGCCUCAAUCGAAGCAGCAGCCAAGAAACUCGAGCAGCUCAAACCAAGAGCCAAACCAAAGCAAGCUGAUGAGAGUUUAGACUUUGAAGAGCAGAUACUUGAGGCAGCCAAAUCUAUUGCUGCAGCAACCAGCGCUCUUGUAAAAUCAGCUUCAGCAGCUCAGAGAGAACUCGUAGCCCAGGGCAAGGUGGGAGCCAUCCCUGCCAAUGCUGUGGAUGAUGGACAGUGGUCCCAAGGGCUAAUAUCUGCUGCACGCAUGGUUGCCGCAGCAACCAGUAACCUCUGUGAGGCAGCGAACGCAUCAGUCCAAGGUCAUGCCAGUGAAGAAAAGCUCAUCUCUUCUGCUAAGCAAGUGGCUGCUUCCACUGCACAGCUGCUGGUGGCGUGCAAGGUUAAAGCUGAGCAGGAUUCAGAGGCUAUGAGGAGGCUACAGGCUGCAGGCAAUGCUGUGAAACGGGCCUCUGACAGUCUGGUUCGAGCGGCCCAGAAAGCUGCUUUCAACAAGGCGGAUGAUGAUAAUGUGGUGGUCAAGACCAGGUUUGUUGGAGGAAUCGCUCAGAUUAUUGCUGCUCAGGAGGAGAUGUUGAGGAAGGAGAGGGAACUGGAAGAGGCCCGUAAGAAGCUAGCACAGAUCAGACAACAGCAGUACAAGUUCCUGCCAAGCGAACUACGAGAGGAUGAGGACUAAACAUAAAUGCUGGCUUCCCUUUGGUCAAUUUCUCCGCCAUUUGUUUUUGCCUUCAGGACACAGAUGAACGUCUCUAUCGCGCAGUCCAAGCGUCACCUACUGAACUGAUGAAGGGUUAUUGAUUCAGUUGACUGGAUUGUGAAUUUUUUAAUAUUUAAACUCUUGAACAUUUCAAACAGUGACCGUCUUGUCUCUGUAACCGUGAAUGUGUCCAUACCUCCGCCACACUCUCAUAAAGAAGCUUUGAAUUUCUGGCAUGAAUCUGAACUUGUGAAUGUGUGCAUGAAGAUUUUGGAAGCACAUAACUGUGUGCUCAGAACAGCCAGAUUUACACGAUUGAGACUGUAUUGAGGAAGAAAUAAAUGAACUCUGUUCGAUCUCAGUUAUUAAAACAAAGCGUUUUUAGGGUUUCAAACAAGGUGCAGACUUUAAUACUUACAUCAUUUAAAGUCGAGAUGAAAAGAAACCUGACUGUCAGAGACUCCAGUUGAAUGUUUAACAUUUGUACAUUUGUAAUGGUGAGAUACUUUUUUUAAUGCUUAACUUUCAUUGCUUUGAAGUUCACAAAGUAUACAAAUAAACAAUAUUUAUGUAGGCAAACGAAAGUGCAUAAAUGUGCAAUGUAGAACAAAACCACUCAGAAUAAGGGUCUAAAAUGCAUCUUCUCCAAUGAAUUUUUCUUGCUGCCCUUGUGCAUGAUGAGAAUGUAAUGUCCGGAUGUGAUUCAUGUAUUAAAUCUGGAGAAUCAUAAGACCAUACUAACCUCAGUAGUACUGUGGAAGUUCCACCUCUAACCCCCUAAAACCUUUCAAAAAUUGACGUUAUACCACAGCAAAAUGUUGAAUAAAAUAAAAUAAAAAAUAUUGAAUAAAAUCCUAAUACUGAAUGUAUGCUCAGUUAUAAUAGAAUUGCUUCAGUUUGUUGUCUGCGGGCACAAGGAUAUAUUUGUACAUUCAAAAGUGAUUUUCUUUUUUUUUCUCACAUCCUCUAAAUUUUCAAAACCAUUUGAUGCUGGUAUGACUUUCUAAUUUUUAGCCUUAUGCUCUAGCGUGUCACUUUUAUGCUUGUAUUUUGGUCAUAUGCAACCCUGGAAAUCUGCUUUUAUUUCUUUGCCACGGCAAGUCUUCUGUCUCUGGCUUUAUGUACAUUUAGUUUCAGUGCCUUAGUUUAUCACUGUCAAAUGAACAUAUCAGUUCUCGUGACUGUAGGAGACAAUAUCAGGUGUCUAUAUUCUGGCUUGCAUUCACCAUAGUGUGUGUGUGUGUGUGUGUGUUGAAGCUGAGUUGCUGCUAAUCUGUUACUACUUUUGUGCUCUAUGAUGCUCAGAGUCGGAAGGGUACAAGUUGGAGUUUGGAAAUUACUGCAACAAAUCAUUAUCAUAAAGUGGCCUACAAAACUCACUUUAAGCAGUUACCCCUUUAGCUACAGAUCUGCCUGGAAAGUGUCUGUGUGCUUCAUGUUGCUGUAAAUGUAUAUGGCUUAUUUACAAAUAUGACUGUAUGUUAAGACAGCACACUUUUGUACUGCAGUUCUUGUGCAUGCUCCAUUACAUUUUAUGGCAGAGUUGCAAAAUGAUCAACGUUGCCAGUUCAUGCAUUGUGUUGACCAGUGGUUCCCAACCCUGGUCCUGGAGGC